CUGAAAGUUCUCCUCAGAUCUGUAGCCAUGGAGGACUUGGAAGAUAAUACAACUGUCUUCUCUACUCUGAGAUCCCUCAACAACUUUAUUUCACGGCGUAUGGAGGGGGUGUCUGGGCUGGCUACGCCAGGAUCGUCUCAGAGCUCCAUUCAGAUUCAGUACCAGCAGAGGAUGCAGUUGGAAGAACAAGCUGGGCAGAUCCACUCCAAAUCCCAGCUCCUGCAGGUGGAACGAGAGAAGAUGCAGAUGGAGCUUAGCCACAAACGAGCUCGCAUUGAGCUAGAGAAGGCAGCUAAUACCAAUGCCAGAAACUAUGAGCGAGAGGCUGACCGUAACCAGGAGCUGCUCACACGCAUAAAGCAAUAUCAGGAAAGGGAAACAGAAGCUGAAAAUAAACUGAAAGAACAAAUGGAGAUGAACAAAUCCUAUAAGAAGAGCAUGGAGACCAUGAGUAAGAAGCUGCAAGAGAAGGAGAGCAAAUUAGCUGAAUCUAAUGAAACAAUCACUAUAUUAAAAGGGAAAAUAUCAGAGCUGCAGUGGAACAUAAUGAAUCAAGAGAUGCAGAUGACAAGCCAAGACUCUCAGAAGCAGGAACUGAUGGAACAGCUGGAUGUUCAACAUAAAAAAUGGCAAGAGGCUAGUCAGCAAAUCCAGACGUUGCAAGCAAGCCAGUCCCUCCUGGGAGAAUAUGAACAGAAGAUUAAGGAUCUGGAACAGAAGUUCUCCCAGCAGGAACAUGAUGCUCUAAUUGUCAAGAACAUGAAGGCAGAGCUGGCUCGUUUCCCAAAAAUGGAGCGGGAAUUGCGCCAGCUCAGGGAGGAAAAUGCCUACUUCAGGGAAAUGAAAGAAAACAAUGGAUUGCUUAAAGAGGAGGUAGAAGGUCUCCAAAGAAAACUGGAACGCUAUGAGAAAGUCCAAGCACAGCUAGUGACUGUUGAAUUGGAAAAUGAGAAACUUACGGAGAAAUUAAAAAGCUGGGAGAAGCUGGACCAGAGCACUGGCUUGAAUAUCAGGACACCUGAUGAUCUCUCAAGGCAAAUUGUGGCCCUGCAGCAAAGAGAGCUUGUGCUGAAAGAGCAGAACUCUACCAUCACAAACAGUGCUCGAAUGCUAGAGAAGGCCCGGCAGCAGCUACAAGAAGAAAUACUACGGAUUCAGAGCCAGCUCUUGGAUGAGAAGAAGAAACGUGAGCAGCAUGAAGCACUGGUCAGACGGUUGCAGAAACGUGUGUUGCUACUCACCAAGGAGCGUGAUGGGAUGAGAGCUAUUCUGGAGUCGUAUGACAACGAGCUGACCCCUUCAGAGCACUCGCCCCAGCUGAACCGGCGUAUGCGUGAGGCCGAGGAGAUGGUGCAGAAGCUGCAUGCUCACAACACCGAGCUGGAGGCUCAGCUGUCUCAAGUUCUGGAAGAAGUGGGAAAUCAUAAGCAAAGAGCAGAGAUGCUGGAGGUGGAAAUGAAGGUCCUGAAGUCUCAAGAGUGCACAGCUGAGCAAAGUAACGUCAUUACCAAGGAGGAGGUUGACGUGCUCAGGCUGAAAAUUGAGGAGCUGGAAGCUGAACGCAGCAGACUGGAAGAGCAGAACAGGUCUCUGGAAAUGAAACUGGAGAAGCUGACUCUGCAGGGUGACUACGACCCCAGCAGAACCAAAGUUCUGCAUUUCAGUAUGAACCCAGCGAGCUUGGCCAAGCAGCAGCGCAAGGAGGAGCAGCAGCAGCUCCAGGAGGAGUGUGAAAGGCUGAGGGAGCUGGUGAGGGUGCUCGAAGGAGGCGGCUCCAUCCCUGGGAAUUUGGAAGGAGUUGGGAGUUUUCAGUCACAACAAGAAAUAGCAGAGCUGAAGAAGCAAGUGGAAAGUGCAGAACUGAAAAACCAGCGUUUGAAAGAAGUUUUCCAGACUAAGAUCCAGGAGUUUCGCAAGGUGUGCUACACGCUGACGGGGUACCAGAUCGACAUCACAACUGAGAACCAGUAUCGACUCACCUCCAUUUACGCUGAGCACCAAGGGGACUGCCUGCUUUUUAAGGCCUCCAGCUCCUCCGGUGGAAAAAUGCAGCUUCUGGAAACCGAGUUCUCGCGAACCAUCCGGGAGCUCAUCGAACUCCACCUGCUUCGCCAGGACAGCAUCCCAGCCUUCCUCAGUGCCCUCACCCUCGAUCUCUUCAGCCGCCAGACCAUUGCUUAGCGUCCUCCACCAGCCAGGUGUGCAGCACUCCUGGGCAGGACACUUGAGGUAGUGAGGACAAAUUCUCCCCUCCCACCCUUAAUUUGUGUCAUUGGGUUGAUUCUGUUUUGCAGGGAACUCUUUCUUCCCCCUUCUUUCAUGCUGAUUCCCAAACUGCACCAAUUCCUCUGAAAAGUAUCCUUGCCCUCCUGUGGGAGGGCAAGUCUGUGCCAAGACCCAAUCCCUCCCUUUGAACUCAGAAAUGUGUUCAUCACUGCCCAGACUCUCAUCAUUUCUCUGGGUAUACAGUGGGAACUGCUGGUUUGAGGGCCCGCAGCAUCACCUUUUGUAGCUUUUCGCAAAAGGAUCCCCCAGAUCGGGGCCCCGCCAGAGAGACAAGCCUUGCGGGAGGCUGGUGCUUCCUGACCCUGUGCUUGUCCUUUCCUAGUGGGAGCCAAGGGCUUGGUCCCUGAGGGGCAGGAUCGGCCACAAGUAGCAGCUUCUUUGUGGAUACCUCCUGCUCUUGCAAACAACUAACUCAUCACUCAACAGGGUUGAAAUUAUUUUCAAGAUAUCCAGUUACCUGAGUCUGCCAUCACUCAGCAGACAAGCACAAGCAUAAGUGGCCGUUUGAAGACCCUAUACCUGUGUGACACCUCUGCUUUGUGUAGUGUGCUCAGAUGUCACUGGCAUGCUUUUUGUUCCUCACUGGGACUCUUGGGCUCUUGGUUAUCUCAGGACUAGGGAAGGUGGGAGGAAGCUCUUUGGGGUGUGCUCAGUGCUGCUGCCUACCCCCGGGCUGUAGGUACCUGCUCACCUGGCUGGGGGUCUACCUCCUCCUCUCCACCAUGGAGGAUGGAGCCACCCCCUGAAGUCUGACAUUUUGUGUCGCAAUGGAUAUAGCUCUUCUAUCUUAAGAAUAAAGUCUCACUUCC